AGCAUACUGUUUGCAGCAUGGAUAUAAAAAAGUAAAUUGUUUGGAAAACAUUUGAUAGCAUGGCAUACGGGUGUUUCCUGCUUUGGAUUAUUAUUCCGGCACUUUAUCAGCAAUGAAGCAGGAGACAGCUGAGGUGUAAUCAGUUUAUUCUUGAUCUGAUUGAAGAACGGACACAGGAACUAUUUCCAUAGACACUCUGCUUUCUGUCUUCAGGAUUGAACAAAACUGGAUUUUUCUUUGGAGUGCAUGGUCAGUCUUGGCUACAGAAUGACACACAUCACCAGGUAUCUGUGCUAUUCCUUAUUUCAUUGGCAUCUGAGAACUCUUCUGUUGUAGAAAGUCAACAACAUUUGACUUUUAUUUUUCCUGUUGGACACUAUUUUUUGUUCUUACUUUGGAUAUUGUUAUUUCAUCAUUUUAUGUUUUGGGAGCCAGCAAUUAAUUUUCCUGGCUCCAUCAUUUACUCACCAUGUGUUCAAAUAUAGUAUAUGAGUGGCUGAAAGCGUUGCAGCUUUCUCAGUAUACAGAAUCAUUUGUGGAUAAUGGGUAUGACGAUUUGGAGGUGUGCAAACAGAUUGGGGAUCCUGAUUUGGAUGCUAUUGGCGUGAUGAUCCAUCAGCAUCGGAAAAAAAUCCAUGAUGCCGUCCAAAGAUUGAAGGAAGAGGAGAAAGAGGCCGCAAGUGGAUUAUAUUUCACCCUGGAGCCCCAGUUAGAUUCACCUACACCUGAUAUCUACACCAGCCACAUGGUGGACCAGUACGAAACCAAAGCAUGGAGGGAAGCACAGGGUCACAAGCCAGUCCCAAGGAGUAAUAAAACUGGACAGCUCAGCAAAAACUUGGUCACUUAUCCUAAAUUGAAGUUAAAGAUCAUGAUACGGGAUAAACUAAUUCGGGAUGGGGUCAAUCUCAGCAAGCCACCUUUCUCCAAAAAGCAGUUUUAAAGAAUUCAUGGUUCCAUUCCAAGGAUGCAACACACAGAGUUUCUGGUUUGGUCAAAGACAGAACUGAUGUGAUACAGAAAUUCAAGACUCAAGAUCGUUUUCUCUGAUCAAUGAGGUUUUAUUAUGCAGCAGAAGAAGAUGGCAUGUUAACUGAUGUUUUUAUUCAAUUAAACUGUACAUAGCUGAGCCUCAGUGAUAUGUUACUGCCUACCUUUUGUUAUAAAUUUACUGACUAUUAUUUUUUUAUUUUCUUGCAUUUUAAUUUUCCAACUCUGCAAACGAACAACUCACAUUUAAUAAUUAAUUAAAAUGCAACAGGUAUUUGGUUUUAAAUAUCCGGUCAGAUAGUAUGUUAUGUUUUUAAUACCAGUAAGAAAGUUAUGUUUUUGAAUUAAAUUAUGUCAUCAUAUUUUAAAGUGUCUA